UCACCUCACGCUCAGUCCCAGUACACUCCACAGUCCACACUAGCAAAGCAGUAGCAAGAGUAGCGAGAUGGCUCCCAAGCGCCGCGGCAGCAAGGUGGUCAGCUCCGUCGUCAAGACCAAGGUGGUGGAGGAGACCGUGGAGGUCGCCACCACCAUCCUCCCCGCCUCCCAGGACGACCCGCAGCCGGAGGAGGACGACGGCGAAAGAGGGCGAGGAGCGAGGGCAAGGCCAGGACGCGCAAGGCGGAGGCGGCGGCGAGGAAGAACAUGGGAAAAGGAAGAGGCGGGCGGCGUCGUCGUCGGCUUGGGAGGGAACAACAUCGACAUGGGGUACAAGGCGUACGUGUACCGGGUGCUGAAGCAGGUGCACCCGGACCUGGGGGCGUCGGGGAAGACGAUGCAGGCGCUGGACAUGAUGAUGGCGGACAUGUUCGAGCGGCUGGCCACGGAGGCGUCGCGGCUGGCGCAGUACGCCGGGCGCGCCACGCUCACGUCCCGCGACGUGCAGAACGCGGUGCGGCUGGUGCUCCCCGGCGAGCUCACCAAGCACGCCAUCUCCGAGGGCACCAAGGCCGUCACCAUGUACACGUCCUGAAGUGUACAUGUUAACAAGUGAAGAUCCCUCCGUAAGAAGCAGGGCAGCAGGGUGCAUGCUAGUACUCCUACUAGUAGUUGGUUCAGUUUAGUUGUGUUUCCGAUGGCAUGAUUGCAUGUAUGGUUCAGUCUGGACUUACUUUUGGAAAGUAGUUUUAAGUUGGUGGCAGAUGAUGUACCUAGUGUAGUUAGUUGGUCAAUUAGUUACUGUUGAUGUAGUAGUGGCGCUAGCGCUAAUAUAAUGGUGCCUCCCUGCUUAAAUUAGUACUAGCCAGUAGUAUAUUUCUGUUGGUCAUUGUGUGCAUGCUUCAGUUGGUGUACAUUUUUCGAUCUAAUGGGUGUAUGCAUGUUGUGUG